UCAUUGCAGGGUUGUUUGUGCAGCCUCGGUGGCGGUGACCCGCAGUGAUUCGGCCGCCGCGCCGGGGGGUGGGGGGGCUGCGCGGGACUCUUUUCUUUCAGACGGACUGCGGGGCAGUUGUGGAGCAUGUCGACCCCCGCCCGGAGGAGGCUUAUGCGGGAUUUCAAGCGAUUGCAAGAGGACCCACCUGUGGGUGUCAGUGGCGCACCAUCUGAAAACAACAUCAUGCAGUGGAAUGCAGUUAUAUUUGGACCAGAAGGGACACCCUUUGAAGAUGGUACUUUUAAACUAGUAAUAGAAUUUUCUGAAGAAUAUCCAAAUAAACCGCCAACUGUUAGGUUUUUAUCCAAAAUGUUUCAUCCAAAUGUGUAUGCUGACGGUAGCAUAUGUUUAGAUAUCCUUCAGAAUCGAUGGAGUCCAACAUACGAUGUGUCUUCUAUUUUAACGUCAAUUCAGUCUCUGCUGGAUGAGCCCAAUCCAAACAGUCCAGCCAAUAGUCAGGCAGCACAGCUUUAUCAGGAAAACAAACGAGAAUAUGAGAAAAGAGUUUCAGCCAUUGUUGAACAAAGCUGGAAUGAUUCAUAAUAGACAACUGGUCUGUUAAUCUUUUUCAUCAUCGUUGUGUAUAAUUUACCUCUCAGUAGAAAGGCUAACAAAUUUUAAGUGCCACAGGUUUUAAGGAUUCUGCAGAAAGAAAACAAAAGUCCUUCAGUUUAGAACCUACAAAAGCUUGUGUAUCUUGAUUAAUGUACUUUUUAUUGCAUGGUGUGAACUAAGUUAUUGCUUACAUAAAUUUGUAAUAUAUCCUGUUUGUAUUUUUUUCCAAGUGUAUAAUGUUGGUGUGGAGUUUUCAUGACAGAAUAUACACAUUUUGUAAAUCUGUACUUUUUUCAAAUAUUGAAUGCCUUAUUUUUGAAUUCUUUAGAUUUUUAAAUUGGAGAAAAGCACUUACAGUUUUUUAUAUAUAUUACAUGUAAAGCUGUUAAAAUACAUAACUUCAGUGCAAGAGACUUUGUCACUUAUUUCCUUAUCUGUGUAGGAUGGGUUAAUAAGUCUCUAGCUGUUUAUCAAUUGCUAGUUCAUUUCCAGUUUCAAAAGAACAGAUUUAUAUUUUAUCAAGAAAUUCUUCAAAUUUGAUUCUAAACAAUAAUAAUCUCAAACUUUAUUUUGAACACAUCUAUAUUAGUUUCAGUCGAGCAGUUUUAUAGACAUAAGUGGUUUGGUUCUUUCUGUCCAGCUCUGUACUUAAGCCACUUGUUACUGUCUCUUCAUGUUCUGCUCAGUGUUGAACUGUACCCUCUGUGAUUUCACAGUUCGCACCUCUACCUUGAGGCAUUAGCACGUUUACCGUGAGCAGAGAGCUGAUGCAACUUACUUUGCUGCUUGAUAACACUUUAAAAGAUUUUUGAUAAUGAAGAAAGUAAAACCAUAACAUUUACCAAAAAUCCAUGCCCCAACUAUUAGCAAUGAAUAAGAAUUAGUUGCAUUGGCUGAACAAGGCAUAUAUUUGGAAGGAAUCUUGGUAUAAUUUAAAUAAUUCGAAAACUGCCUUUUAAUGUGAUUGCUUAUCUGUUUAUUCUAGAAAAAAUGUUUUAAUAUCAGGGCCUACUAAGUUGCUUUCUCUUGUGGAGAUUUUUUUUUUAUCUCCUAAGUUGUAUAAAAGUUGUACUGCAUCUUAGUUUACUGGAUAAAUUUAAAACACAGUAUUGUAGAAAGCUAAUACAAAGCUAUCCUAUGCCUUUAAGUAGUGUAGAAAAUGGAAAAUAAUACAAGUAUAAAUUCUGUUAAGUCA